GUCAACGGCUACUCUGGUCCACGCCAUCCUGAAGUCCUGGAUCCAGCCUGUGUCAGCAGGCCAGUCGCUGCGUAUGGUGGCCACGUGAUCGGUGCUCGAGUAGAGGCAUCCCGGAAUCUGACCAACUUCUGCUUUCCAUCAGCGAUGACUCUCGAUGAGCGUGCAGACCUGGAGCGCAUCGUCACAAAGGUUCUUCUCGAGUGGGAGGGGGACCUGGCCGGCGACUACUUCCCUCUCAGCGGCUCUGGGUCCUUUGUGGCUUAUGACGGUGGUAUGACGGCAGAGGAUGCCUCCGACCUGGAGAGUCAUGGUUUUCUCUUCCAAGCUCCGAGCUCCGCAAUGUUCCUCUCUUCGGGCAUGGGCAAACAUUGGCCCCAGGCGCGUGGCGUCUAUGCGAACAGCUCGAGGGACAUGGCCAUCUGGAUCAAUGAAGAGGAUCAUCUUCGCUUGAUCGCCACGGCAAGUAGCCCCCAGAAGGCCUUUGAUCGCUUCUGUGCCCUAGAAGGUGCGCUGAAGCUCGGCUUGCAACACGAAGGCCUGAGCUUCGCCUCGCACGAGGCUUUCGGGUUUCUGACCUCGUGUCCGUCAAGAGUUGGUACCGGCGGCUUCCAGGUUGGUGCUCAACUGAAGCUGGCCCUCGUAGAAGACGCGGAGGACCGACACUUCGAGGAUGUUUCCUCUGAGAUCGAAAGUCAAGGGGUCCUCCAGAUGAAGGCAACUGCCAGGAUAGGGCAGUCCGAAGCAGACAUGGUACAGGCAGUCGUAUCGGCAUGUGAGCAGCUGAUUGCUGAGGAGAUCCAGCUGGCCACAGGUCUUGCCAGGCAAACUACAGUCGGACAGGGAGCUGUCCGUUCAAACGUGGUCGAGAAUUUUUCAGCCAAGCUGAACAGCAUUCGGUUUCAUCCAAACGAAUGGAAUUGUCAGCCACUUGGUGGCAUGGUGGGAACCACCACAUUUUCAAUGCCUCGAACGCGCAUGCGCUUGGAGUUCAACGUCAACAUCACGCAUGCAGAGU